AGAACUCAUUUUCGUCGUUUUAACUGUAGAUUUAUGACGAGAAAUUAGGAAUUGUCGUUUUCUUACCAACAUAAUGGAAGAAACAGAACGGGGAAUUAAUCCGAAUUCUUCCACAAAUUGCUCUGACAGUGGUUUGGGCUAUAGCGCAAUGGGACGAUUCUUUCAACGAAAUAGUGCUUUUGACUGCAUGCACCCUCCAUCUGGUGGGGUUGGAAUAACCCCACCUUCAGGAUUUGGUUAUUCUUCAUACCCAAGUGAUUGGGGUUUCAUGUCGGGACCAUAUGCUACAGGAUUUAAUUUUAACAGGACGUUAAAUACAGCGCCAUCAAGUUUUUUCCCGGUUUCACGUGAAUAUGGGACAUCUAUACAUCAUAAUAAUACAGGAACGUCACGGUUACUAGGACCAAAUUCUUCGAGUAGUGGACUAAACUGUGACAAUUCAGAAUCAUAUAACACCGGGAUUUGUGGUCCCUCAUCAUGUCCUCCUUCGCCAUCCGACCAAUGCCUAUCUGAUGACAUGGAUAAAAAAGAAAAUAAAAACAGAGACAGCAGUGAUCCAUAUAAACUAGAUUUAUCAGUAAAACCAAGAAAAGAGCGGACAGCAUUUACUAAACACCAAAUACGAGAAUUAGAAAAAGAAUUUGCAGUACAUAAUUACCUGACGAGACUAAGACGGUAUGAGAUAGCAGUUGCCUUGGAUCUCACAGAAAGACAAGUUAAAGUCUGGUUCCAGAACCGACGGAUGAAAUGGAAAAGGGUGAAAGGCACAAAACUAGUGAAAGAUAAAGUUGACGGACAAUUGAAACCAAUAAUGGCUCCAAACAUUACAUCUACAAACGCAAAUUCUGAGAUCGAAGAUUCACAGAGAACGACUUUAUGUGAUUUGUCGGCAUGACACAAGUUUUAUAAGUUUAAAUUUUCAUACAGUGGACAUGACGUUAAUCGGUGUAACGUAUGUAUCGUAAUGUGAAAAAGGCAGGUGAAGGUACGUGUCUUAUAGCAUCAAGUUGAAGCACAGAUAUUGGUUUAAAUCAAAACUAAUCCGUUGAACAUUGGUUUACAAAUGCACAAAAUAGGACAAAAUACGAUGAACUGAAAAUUAUAUAUACAAAAUUUACUUGUUUAUUUGUAGAAAAGAAGAUUUUUACGGUCGAUUCGGAAGUGUUAUAGAAAGUUGUUGCAAGUUGAGUCUAUAGUCCUAUAUAAUGUUUAAUUGUAGCAUGUUUUUUCAGUUCAGCACUAUUUAAAAAACGCAUUCAUACUCUAAGUUUUAAACUAUUUACUUGGAUCAAUAGGCUAUACACCCUUCUUCAACAUGCGUAAGGGACUACAUUUGUUCCUGUGUUUUUAAGGAUUUUUGACUACAUUUUCAUGCAAACUCAGAUUAGAUGUAUGUCUGUAGUUUUGCAUAAGCAAGAGUUAACCUGCCAAUCCUAUCAAUUUCGAAGGAACAACUGUAAAAAUAUAUUGCAUUGCAGAAAAUGUUGGAAUUGUGUUGUAAUGUUAAAUCGUGUUAUUCAAAAAAUAUAUUAUUUCAGGAAUCA